AUGCUGCUGCCCGCGCUGGCAGCCCUGGCCGAUGUAACCAAGCUGCAGCCUCUGACCUCCUCUAGCAGUUGCAGCAGCAAGGACUCCAGCACGGCUGCUGAUGGCACAGCAGCAGUUGAGCGAAGCGUCGAUGUAGAGGCGCUGACUGCACACGCAGGAUCGGCUGGCUCAAGCAGUGAAGCCAGCAAGCCUUCUGUGCUCUGGGCGGGUUUCUACUCCCAGACCAGCAAGCACUUGGCGCUGGGAGGCAGCAGCACCAGCGCUGACAUCGGCAGCAGGUGUCCGGCCAACGUCACUCUGUGCCCUGGCCCCGAUAGCACCGCCACCUUUGCAUCGGCAGUUGAGGCUGCCAGGAAAUGCUACUGGCGGCUGUUUCCACCCGAGGACAGCGACGCAGCAGUCUUCCCACUGGACCCGCAGGCACCGCAGCAGCAGCAGCAGUCGGUACAGGCAGAGCAGGGUGCUACGCGAGCGGGGGCCGAACCGGCUGAGGAUGUGGACUCGGAUGACGAAGUGGUGGCUGCACUGCAGGCGGCGAUGCAGCAGAUGGCUGGCAACGGGGGUGACGGUCCGCAGCAGAGUGUGGAGCAGCAUGCAGAUGUCAAUACGAAGGAAUAG